CGCUACCCCAUGAGCGCGACGACGGCGGCGGCGGCCCUCGCCGAGGGGGCGGCCCCGGCUGAGGGGGCUGCCGUGCCCCACGCCGUGGAGCUGGGGCUGACAGUGCUCCACACGGCGCUCUACGCCGCCCUCUUCCUCUUCGCCUACCUGCAGCUCUGGCUGCUCCUCUACUACCGGGAGCGGCGGCUGAGCUACCACACGCUCUGCCUCUUUCUUUGCCUGCUCUGGGCAGCCCUCAGGACCACCCUCUUCUCAUUCUACCUGCAGAACUCCCUGCAGGCCCUCCGCCUCCAGCAGCCUUUCGCCCACUGGCUUCUUUACUGCCUGCCCGGCUGCCUGCUCUUCUCCAGCCUUUGCCUCCUCAACCUCUAUUUCGCUGAGGUCAUAUUCAAAGUGAAAUGUGCAGCUGAAUUCAACAAGUACAAGGUCCUAUUGUAUCUGGGCUCCAUAUUUACCAGCCUCUUCUUCUUAGUUGUGAACUUAACUUGUGCAAUGUUAAUCCAUGGUGAGGUCCCAGAGAACCAGCUGAGGUGGAUAGUCCUUGCCCGCGCCCUAGUCAACGACAGCCUAUUCAUCUUCUGUGCCAUCUCGCUGGCUUGCUGCAUGUGCAAACUAGGGAAGAUGUCUUCAGCAAAUGUCUACCUCGAGUCUAAGGGAACAUCUGUCUGCCAGGCUAUUCUUGUGGGAUCUGUAGUCUCUCUUCUGUAUUCCUCAAGGGCUUGCUAUAACCUGGUAGCUGUGGCCAUAUCUCCAGACAAUGUUCCUGGUCCUUUUAACUAUGGCUGGGACAACCUUUCAGACAAGGUGCAUGCAGAAGUGAGCAGUGAAGAGUAUGUGGUUUUUGGAGUGGUCCUCUUCCUCUGGGAGCUGAUGCCAACAACUUUUGUGGUGCUGUUCUUCCGGGCUCAGAGACUCAGUCAGAACUUGACUUCAGCGGGGAUGGUCAAUAGUCAUAGUUACAGCUCCAGAGCCUACUUCUUUGACAAUCCAAGGCGCUAUGACAGUGAUGACGACUUGUCGCGGCUUGGGGCCAGAGAAGGAGGCUUGGCCACCCCUCAGUGCUCAGGCUGCUAUGGAUCCCUGGCUGGGAAUGACAGCUACAUGGUGGGUCCACAGCUCACUGGGACUGCUACAGACAGUGCCCCCUUGCUCGUUGCUGCAGGCGGCUCGGAGAUGAAUAAUCACCAUAGCACAUACUCUGCACCACGGAAGUGAAGAGGCUGCGAGAUCCCUCUCUUCCCAGAAGUGGCAUUCAUGUAUAGGAUUGUAACCUGGUUUUUCUCUUUCCUUCUUCCUGAAGCAUAUAAUUCAUUGACACAAACAUUCCACUACCUGCUGCAGCUGUGAGCAGGACUGAGCCUAUGGCUGCACGCAGUAAGCAAGAGAACUGUGACUUUAAGGUACCAUGUAGCAAAGUGAAGCUGAACUUUCUGGAAGCUUUUUCUUGGUCUGGUCUUCAAGAUGUUGGCAGCUAAAUGCACCAGAGCUUCCUCACUAGAAAAGAAACAUCAAAUGCAUAUUUGCACUUUUAUCUGCACACUUGGAAGGAACGAAUCUUGCUCAGACUGCUUGGUCUGAGACUGUUCUAGUUACUCUUUUAAUUGCACAUCCAUAGCUGGGAGAGGCACUGUCUUCCUGCAAAGACGUGUUCUGUGAAGUACUCUGCAUCCUGACUCACUUGGGAGCAUGAAGCUCUGUUUACUGAGCGUGUUGUGGGCAGAGCCUCCUGCGGUGAGUGUUGAAGCAUACUGUGCCAUAUUCACACCUGGCCAGGGCUGGUGUGACCAGGCCCAGUGGGGUCUUGCCUCCCACUGCUGGUCCUAGUUUCACCUGAUUGCUGAACUGUCCUACCUAGGACUGUGGAUUCAAAGCUGAGCUCAAAGCACAUCCUAGUGGAGGCCUGUGAGGAUGAGGUCUAGUGUUCCUAGUGGCAUUAUGAUCACCAUGUUGCUAAUCAACCCACUAGCUUAUGGCAAAGGAAGAGGGCUGGCCUGGAUGGUAGCUGCUGUCAAGUGAGGGGGCAAAACGUUAUAGGCUGCUGCCUUCACAGGGAAAGCUUAGAGCUGGCUCAGCAAGAGUGUGUGGCCUAAAAGACAUGUGGCCCAAAGCACAUAGAAAACCAGGGCUGCUUGGACUCCUGGAUAGUGGGAGCAGUUCUGCUCCCCCUCUUCCCCACCCACAGUGGGGCUCCCCUUUUCCUCCUGCUCAGUAUUAAAUUGCAUUUCACAGAUAACCAGGAGUUUUAACCAGAAGUGAAUGUGAACCGGUGAGGUCUCCAUGAGGUGCAGGAGGUGUCUAUCUACAGGCUUGCAGAGGGAGGUGGCAGAUGCUGCAGAGCUCUGAUCCCAGGGCUCUUUGCUCUCUCUUCUAUGAGGUCUUGAAUCCUCCCACUGCUGGAGUAGCUGUGUCAGCAACACUUAGUGGUGUGCACAGGGUUGGAGUGUGCUGGGUCAGUCUGUGUGGAGGAUUUUCUGUUUCUAACUAAAAUAGCCAAAGUUUGACCUGGGUUGUAGCUCCAUCAGACUCUUGGAGAUGAGGGCACCAGGGCAGCCCCUGCCUCCCCUCACUUCUCACCUUGAUGUUAUUGAUGUUGUUCCUGGCCUGUCCCUCAGCCUGGUGUAGGGAUGAGCGAAAGAGCUUUGGUCACACCCAAAUGGAAGCACUGGCCCAGGGAGGGCAGUUGCGCUGCCCUCUGGUGACAACUCAAACUGGAACUGCUUUUAACCUGCUGGAGCUGCUCCAGCUCUUCAAACCCUAGUCUGACGCUGAGGGGCUGGCUGGGUGAAGGACUUGGCUGUAUGUGGAGUGGUGCUGGCUCUGAGGCGCUGGGGUCUGCUGCUGGAGGAACUCCAAGGCAGCCUCUGUGUCUUCAGCUGUGUGUGAGAGAAACCCCAAGCACCAGGGCAGCCCUGGCCUCCCCUCACAUUUCACCUGCCAUGUGCUCACUAGUAGGGCAUGGUUACUGAUCACCCACCUUGCUUGUCCCCAGGUAGAUGUCACUUGUCCCACUGAGAACACCCUGUCUCUCUGUGUGGUUUGUGCUGGCUGGUGGGCCUCUCCCUGCUAACCUGCUUCACUCUUGCUGGCCCACAUAAAGGGGCAGCCCCUGCUGCUUUCUGAAGAAGGCUCUCAGGUGACAACUUCCACCACCUCCCUCUUGCUCUAGUAAUUAAACCAUCUGCGGCUCCCCUGGCUGCUUCACUGUAUGUGGCUUGAGGGACUUGUCCCCUUGCCUCCAACCAGGCUGCUUCCUCUUGAUCACUGCUUGACUUAUGGCAGAGGUGAUGAAGGACCUGGACUUGGCGCAUUGCCCUUCUUUCUUCUCCCGUAAGUCACCAAAGACAGUAAGUGACGCUAGUGGCCCCAGUUCUUGCUUAAAUUCCAAAGCACUAGGAGCACUUUAAGUUUUUCCUUGGAGGGAAAGGAGUGUAGUGCAAAAAAAAAAUAAACUAAAAAACUAAAGGGCUACAGGCUCAUUGUUCAUAUUGCACUGAAGCACACAACAACACUACGAUCUUCUGGUGUUAGGAGGGCAGUGAGUCGCGUUGCUAAUGUAUUCAUGAGUGACUGGCAAAGUGGUUUGGUUUUACUGAUUUGUACGGAUGGCCGUUAAUUUCAAAACUCUGACUGCUCCUCCUGGGGCCAGUCCUAUGUUUUACUGAAGUAAUUUAUAGCUGAGAAGUACAAUGACUUUUUUAAUGCAUAGUUGCCUUUCAUUAAACUUUUUUUUUUGGUAUGGUUUAACAGUGUUUUGGCUUUGCAGUCAGGCAGCAACUAGCUGCAACAGGAAGCUGUGGCCAAUGAAUGUACCUAUUUGUUCUUCACUAAACUGUAACCAAGCACUACUAUGUUGAAAUAAAACAAAAGACUCUAUACUGG